GACUUCUCCAGACAGGUUAUGUCACCGACAGAGGCUGCCCUGAAGCUCCCUGUGGCCCGGAGACUAUGUACAAGAGGAAUGGUCUGAUGGCUAGCGUGCUGGUCACCUCUGCCACUCCACAGGGCAGCAGCAGCUCAGACUCUCUGGAGGGCCAGGGCUGCGACUAUGCCAGCAAGAGCUACGAUGCCGUUGUCUUCGAUGUCCUGAAAGUGACUCCCGAGGAGUUUGCUAGCCAGAUCACAUUAAUGGACAUACCCGUGUUUAAAGCCAUCCAGCCGGAGGAACUAGCCAGCUGUGGAUGGAGUAAGAAGGAGAAACAUAGUCUCGCUCCCAACGUUGUGGCCUUUACCCGGAGGUUUAACCAGGUCAGUUUUUGGGUUGUACGAGAAAUUCUAACAGCACAGACUUUAAAAAUAAGGGCAGAAAUCCUGAGCCAUUUUGUGAAAAUAGCCAAGAAACUUCUAGAACUCAACAACCUUCAUUCUCUCAUGUCUGUGGUGUCAGCAUUACAAAGUGCACCCAUCUUCAGGCUGACAAAAACCUGGGCUCUGUUGAAUCGGAAAGACAAGACCACCUUUGAGAAAUUGGACUACCUGAUGUCUAAAGAAGAUAAUUACAAGCGGACUCGGGAAUAUAUCCGAAGCCUGAAGAUGGUUCCCAGCAUUCCCUAUCUAGGCAUCUAUCUUCUGGAUUUAAUCUACAUUGAUUCUGCAUAUCCUGCCUCAGGCAGCAUCAUGGAAAACGAACAAAGAUCCAAUCAGAUGAACAAUAUUCUCCGAAUAAUUGCGGAUUUACAAGUUUCCUGCAGCUACGACCACCUCACAACCCUGCCCCACGUGCAGAAGUACCUGAAGUCCGUGCGCUACAUUGAAGAGCUCCAGAAGUUUGUGGAAGACGACAACUACAAACUGUCGCUCAGAAUUGAACCGGGAAGCAGCUCCCCGAGACUAGUCUCUUCCAAGGAAGAUCUUGCAGCCCCCGCCGGCGGCUCCAGCUCUGCGAGGUUCAGCCGGCGGCCCACCUGUCCUGACGCGUCUGUGGCUGGCAGCCUCCCCACGCCCCCAGUUCCGAGACACAGGAAGAGCCACAGCCUGGGCAACAAUAUGAUGUGUCAGUUGAGUGUAGUUGAGAGUAAGAGUGCGACGUUCCCAUCGGAGAAAGCGAGGCACCUGCUGGACGACAGCGUCCUGGAGUCGCGCAGCCCCCGCAGGGCCCUCGCCCUCGCCUCUUCCUCCGCCGUCACCAACGGACUCGCCCUCGGCAGUAGUGAGAGCUCAGAGUUUAGUGAAGAGAUGUCUUCAGGGCUGGCAAGCAGGGGACGUCUCUAUGCCACGCUGGGGCCCAACUGGCGGGUUCCAGUUCGGAAUUCUCCCAGAACCCGGAGCUGCGUCUACAGCCCCACCGGCCCGUGCAUCUGUACGCUGGGGAGCUCGGCAGCGGUCGCCACCAUGGAGGGGCCUCUGAGAAGGAAAACUCUGCUCAAGGAAGGACGGAAACCCGCGCUGUCCUCGUGGACCAGGUACUGGGUCAUACUCUCAGGAUCCACCCUCCUGUACUACGGAGCCAAGUCCUUGAGGGGCACAGACAGAAAACACUACAAAUCCACACCUGGCAAAAAGGUCUCCGUCGUGGGCUGGAUGGUGCAGCUGCCAGACGACCCCGAGCACCCGGACAUCUUCCAGCUGAAUAACCCCGACAAAGGCAAUGUUUACAAGUUCCAGACUGGUUCCCGGUUUCAUGCAAUACUGUGGCACAAGCAUUUGGAUGACGCAUGUAAGAGCAACAGGCCUCAGGUAAAGUCACCGAAGUCCUGCUUGUUACCUAAAAUACCCUCUCCCACCCUCGGGACUAAGGGUCCCUAGAAGACACACCUCCCUCCUCCCCCCAGAGCCUAUCAGCUAAGCUCCCAGGCGCCCUCUUUUGAUCAGCCUUUUCCCAUGAGACAGGGCACGCCCUGCCCCUCUUGGGACCAAGCCCAGCUUCAGGCUAGAACUUUGAAUCUGGCCCCUGCGUCUUUCCUACUAAAGGAAACGCCACAGAAACAUCCAUCAGGAUAGGUCACAGGUGGGACAGUGCCCCAGGGGUCAGGCUACAGCAUCUACUGAGGCCACCCCCCGGAAGUUGAUUCAUGGGCACCCUCCAACCUGACAAAAGGGCCUCCCUGCCCCCGACAACCCUUAGGAAUAAUGCUAAUAAUAGCUCAUUU